UUCAACUAUUGAAGAGAAGCAAAAUUUGGUAUGAGUUCCCUUUCCUCCUAAAAACAACAACUUUUCUUUUUAUUUGACCAUUCAUUUGUAUUACAACAACAAUACUUUUUUAAGGACCCAAAUUUUCACUUUUUUUUUAAUCUCAUUGACUUCAUUGUCCUCACAACUCACAAAGUCACACCUUUUCUCCAGACAAAAAAACAGAGGAAUAGGAGAGAGGGAGAGAAAAAAAAGAAAGAUGAAUUCACACUUCAUACAAGAAGCUUCAGAAACUUGCUUCAAUGGCUGUUGUUCAUCACCAUUCUCAUCUCAUUCCAUGUCUGAGAAACAAGAAGAGCUUGAGUUCUCAGUAAUCACAACAGGAACUUCAUUCCUAACCAGAGAAACCAAAUUCACGAGUCAAGAAUCUCUCCCUCGUCUCCGUACAUCUUUCUACGAUCUCAUCACAGCUUUUCCUGAUUACUUGCAGACGAAUCAAGCCGAUCAUCUCCGAUCUACCGAGUACGAAAACCUCUCAUCCUCUUCCCACGUGUUUGGUCAACAACAACCAUUGUUCUCUUACUCUCAGUUUCGAGAAAUCUCGGAAUUAGAAUCCGAUUCUCUCUUUACCUUGUCUUACAAGCAAGUGAGCUCAGGUAAAGAACUGUUGUCAUUCGAAGGAGAAUCUCGGUUUCAGUCAAGGAUGAGGAAGAGAAUCACGAGUUUUAUGAAUCUUGAAGAAUCAGAAUAUCACAUGAUUCUAACUCAAGACCGUUCCUCUGCUUUCAAGAUUGUAGCAGAACUCUACUCUUUCAAAACAAAUCCCAAUCUUCUCACAGUUUAUAACUACGAAGACGAAGCAGUUGAAGAAAUGAUCAGAAUCUCAGAGAAAAAGGGUGUAAAACCCGAAUCGGCUGAGUUUUCAUGGCCGAGCACUGAGAUUCUCUCGGAGAAACUGAAGAGGAGAAUCAGGAUAAGUAAGAGAAGAGGUAGUAAAAGAGGACUCUUUGUGUUUCCACUUCAAUCCCUGGUCACAGGAGCUUCGUAUUCUUACUCAUGGAUGAGUUUAGCUCACGAAAACGAUUGGCAUGUGUUGAUUGACACCUCUGCUUUAGGUUCUAAAGACAUGGAGACUUUAGGGCUUUCUCUGUUCCAACCAGAUUUUCUCAUCUGUUCUUUCACAGAGGUUUUAGGUCAAGAUGAUCCUUCUGGUUUUGGUUGCUUGUUCGUUAAGAAAUCUAGCUCUUCGGCUUUGUCGGAAGAACCAACGAAUCCGUCGAAUCUCACGGUAGUAAAAGCAGAGCCAUCUUGGAAAUGGAAAACAGAGUAUCAAGCAGGAUAUGACGAGAUUACCCCUGUGGACCACGAGGACCACAAGGCUGCUUCUACUUCUGGCUCUGAGAUAGUUGAAAUCGAAUCAUCGAGUGAACAAGAUAAAGCAAUGAUUGAGUUUCGAGGACUAGAUCACGCAGAUUCUCUAGGACUAAUACUAAUCAGUAGAAGGUCAAAGUCGUUGACUUUAUGGUUACUACGAGCCUUGAGGACUCUCCAACAUCCAGGUUAUCAUCAAACAGAGAUGCCUCUGGUCAAAAUCUACGGACCAAAGACGAAACCGAGCCGUGGACCGUCGAUUUCGUUCAAUAUUUUCGAUUGGCAAGGCGAAAAAGUCGAUCCUUUGAUGGUGGAGAGGCUCGCGGAGAGGGAAAAGAUUGGUUUGCGAUGUGCGUAUUUGCAUAAGAUUAGGAUUGGAAACAAGAGAAGAAGUGAGGAAGCUAUGAGUUUGAGAUUGUCAGUGGUGAGUGUUAGGUUAGGAGGAUUUAUGACGAAUUUUGAAGAUGUUUUUAAGGUUUGGGAGUUUGUGUCGAGGUUUUUGGAUGCUGAUUUUGUUGAGAAAGAGAAGUGGAGAAAGAAAGCUCUUGAGAAAAACAAAUGAUUGGUUGGGAACCUUGUAAUCUUUAAUCCGCAUGGUUCAGUUUUUUACCAUUUUCGGAUUUGGAUUCGGUUUAGUUCGGUUAGUUUUACAUUGUGGUUUGAUUUUUAGGCAGUAGCUAAAAUUUUCUUUGGGUUGGGUUAGUUUGUUUCAUUUUGGUGGGUAGAUAUUCAACUUGGUUUGGUUUGGUUUGAGAAAAACGAAAUUAAACGCACGUAUAUACUACUAUUUACUAUUUCAACAAAA